UUUCAUUAGAUUUGUACUUCCGGUUCAAUUCUGAUGCAAAUGUGUAACAACCGGUGACAACACAACUUUUUGUGAUACAGCAUUGAACAACAUGCCUGGGGCUGACAAGGAAACAGAUCUUUCCGAGCGAAUUGAGGCCUUUUUGGCCGAUUUAAAGCGAGGAGGCAGUGGGACAGGACCACUUCGAGGGUCGGGAGAAAUGGCGAGAGAAACCACAGCUCUGCUUCGGAGAAUAACAGCCCAAGCUAGAUGGAGCAGCGCAGGCGACCUAAUGGAGAUAAUUCGCAACGAGGGAAGGAGAAUGACAGCCGCACAACCGUCUGAGACCACAGUGGGAAAUAUGGUACGGCGGGUGCUCAAGAUUAUAAGAGAGGAGUAUGCAAGAUCUCGUGGUAGCAGUGAGGAGACAGACCAACAGGAGUCCCUUCAUAAGUUGCUUACAUCAGGGGGGCUGAGUGAAGAAAACUUUAGACAGCACUUUGCUUCACUCAAAGCUAAUGUCAUAGAGGCCAUUAAUGAGCUGCUCACAGAGCUUGAGGGAACCACAGACAACAUUGCCAUGCAGGCCCUGGAGCACAUCCACUCCAAUGAGGUGAUCAUGACCAUCGGCAGAUCACGCACCGUUGAGGCCUUCCUUAAAGAUGCUGCAAGGAAGCGCAAGUUCCAUGUCAUCGUGGCUGAGUGUGCCCCUUUCUGCCAGGGUCAUGAAAUGGCCACUAGUCUUUCUAAAGCUGGCAUUGAAACAACUGUAAUAGCAGAUGCUGCCAUAUUUGCUGUGAUGUCCCGAGUUAAUAAGGUCAUCAUUGGAACACAGACCGUUCUGGCCAACGGAGGCUUGAGAGCUGUCAAUGGAACCCACACUUUAGCGUUAGCAGCUAAGCAUCACUCCACGCCGCUUAUUGUUUGUGCUCCCAUGUUCAAGCUCUCACCUCAGUUUCCCAAUGAGGAGGAAAUAUUCCACAAGUUUGUCUCCCCUCACGAGGUGCUUCCAUUCACAGAAGGAGAGAUUCUGUCCAAAGUCAAUGUGCACUGCCCAGUGUUUGACUACGUCCCUCCAGAGCUGAUUACUCUGUUCAUCUCUAACAUUGGAGGAAACGCUCCCUCGUAUAUCUACCGGCUGAUGAGUGAGCUCUACCACCCUGAAGACCAUGAACUGUAAUACUGCAUUGACAAAAAAUACUAAUAAAAUAGUUGAAUGAAACGUA